AUGAACCGAAGCAACUACCACUCUCUCCUCCACCUCUGCAAAACCCUAGAAUCGCUCCAACGCCUCCACGCCCAAGCCCUCGUCCGCGGCCUCCACCCCCACCACCAACCCCUCUCCUGCCGCAUCCUCAACGCCUACGCCGCCCUCGGCGCCCCCGCCGCCGCCCGCAAGCUCUUCGCCGAAGUCCCCGCCCCCGAUCUCGUCUCCGUCACCAGCCUCAUCUCCCUCCACCUCCGUUCCAACCAACCCCGCCGAGCCCUAUCCUUGUUCUCGCAGCUCCGAGCCCCCGAUGGGUUCGCCGUCGUCGGCGCCCUCGCCGCCUUGGCCCGGAUCGGCCACGCGGGGCUCGGCAAAUCGGUCCAUGGGUUCGUUUGCCGGCGCGAAUUGGGUUCGGAGACGGUUGUCGGCAACGCGUUGAUCGAUAUGUACUGUAAAAUUGGGAAAUUUGAGAUUGCGCGACGAGUGUUUGAUGGAAUGCGUGUGAGAGAUUCGGUCACUUGGAGUAGUUUGCUUCACGGGUGUGUCAAGUGCGUAGGGUUGGAUUCCGCGUUGAGGUUGUUCGAUGAAAUGCCGGAGACAGACGUGGUUUCGUGGACGGUGAUGAUCACGGGCCACGUACAGGGGAAGAUGCCCAUGCAAGCGCUGGAACUUUUUAGGAUGAUGAAAUCGGACGGUUGCCGUCCUACGCAAAUCACGCUUGUCGGGGUUAUCUCCGCUUGUGCCGAUAUCGGUGCUCUAGACCUCGGCCGCGCAAUCCACGGCUAUGUAAGCAAAGCGAACAUUGGCUCCGAUCUUACCGUUUAUAACGCUCUGAUUGAUAUGUACUCUAAGAGUGGGAGUCUCGAUGCUGCGUUCGCCAUCUUCAAAGAGAGCCCAUUUAAGGACGUGUUUACGUACACUACAAUGAUCUCCGGAUUCGCAGUUCACGGCGACGGAAAUCGGGCUACAGAGCUGUCCUUCGAUAUGCAUCGCUCCGGUGUUCGACCAAAUGCGGUGACUUUUCUUUCUCUCCUUACUGCUUGUAGCCACGGAGGAUUAAUCCAAGAAGGUAGAGAAUGGUUUGAUGUAAUGUGCCGAGAAUAUAACAUAAAGCCCCGAAUCGAGCAUUUCGGUUGUAUGGUCGAUCUACUAGGGCGAGCGGGGCUCUUAACCGAAGCCGAAAAUUUGAUAAAAACUAUGGGAAUUGAGCCUGAUACAGUUAUAUGGAGAUCACUACUGAGUGCAUGCCUAGCUCACGGAAACGAUAAGUUGGCCGAGAUCGCGGGAAAGGAGAUUAUAAAGCGCGAGCCGGGGGAUGACGGGGUUUAUGCGCUUUUGUGGAACAUGUAUGCUUCGUCGUGUCGAUGGGGCGAAGCACUAGAAUUGAGGAAGGAGAUGCGGAAUAGAAAGGUUUUUAAGAAGCCCGGGUGUAGUUGGAUCGAAGUAGACGGAUUAGUUCACGAAUUUUUGGCAGACGAUGCGGCGCAUUGCCGUCGAAGAGAAGUGUAUUUUGUGUUGGAAUGUAUGGCCAAGCAAUUGAAGAAUGAUGAUGGUGUGUUUUUGCUUGAUGAAGAUGAAAAUGUUAUGUUGUAA